AUGUCUUCUUCUUCAACUCACAAGAAACAGAAAAUUGCCCAAAAUCAAUACUCAGGAUACAUCAUUCCAUCGUCAACCAUAGAAAUAGCCACCAUUGAUUUAUCAAAGACGUCAAUAACACCGAAAGAGUUUUUCAGCCACUACAUAUCCCAACGUAAACCCGUGAAACUCAUCAACUGCAGUAACAGUAGUGAUGAAGAUGAUUACAAUUUUAUUGAUGUUGUCAAAUUUCAAUUAAAGUAUCUAGAAUCGACAUUGAACUACAAUAUAGAGCCAUUGCAAGUUGAGGAAUUGUUUAAAGGUGGAUUUGGACUGGGUCAGAAACGUAUUGAUAUGAAAUUGAGUGAUUUGAUUCAUGAGUUUGAAAAAGGUGAUCGUGAAUUGUACUUGACUACGCAAUAUGAUCGUGAAGGGGAAGAAGACGAAUGUGCAGAGGUGGAUUAUGAUGAUGCAGCAGACAAUGAUGAGGAUGCAUCACGUGAAGAAGAUCCCAAUGAGGAGGAGGAAGAAGAAGGUGCUGCUAUUUUGGAUCAAAUAUCAAAUGCAUCUUCAAUAGACAUGAAUGAUCUUCACGAUGAUUUCGAUGAUUUCGACGACUCCACCAACAAAGAAGAAGAAGAAGAAGAAGUGGAUCCAGAAUACGAUGCAUAUCAACGAGUCAAGACAUUAUAUCAACCCCCCUUAACCAAUCUUGCCAAAGCAACAACUACAACUUUACCAACGAAUCCACCACUUAUACCCAACUUGAUCCCGCAACAAAUCAACAUUUGGAUGGGCAAGACAUCAAACAUAUCUACAAAUAGCAAAACAUCUACCAUGAACGCGACGUCGACAGACUCGACAGAUCAACCUAUUGAGACAUUGGAUCGAAGCAUACCCAAUAAUGGUACUAGUUCAGGACUACAUCAUGAUCAUGCUGAUAAUUUGUACAUCUUAGUCCAAGGACGGAAACGAUUUACAAUCUUCAGUCCAGCAGAUGCCUUGAAAUUGUUCACUGUGGGGAAAAUACAUCGCGUGUUCAGCAAUGGAGUCAUUGAUUAUAAAACUGAUUGCAAUUUCCCCAAUUGGCGACUGAUUCGUGAUGAUGGAGCCAUGAUUGAAGAUGUAUUGAAUUGGCAAAUGAGUCAAACUGAAGAUGAGAAAGAGAUUGAGCGUUUGAGUGAGUUGCUUGAUAUUCAUGAAAUGAAACGGAAAUCAAUAGCCAAGGAGAAGAGUGCGACAGAGAAGAGUGCGACGGAGAAGAGUGGGGCAGAAGACCAGUCGCGCGACCCCCCUAGUUUUUCUCAAAUCCCGCCAUGUUUACUACACAUUGAUGAAGUUGAAGAUGUCAAACAACAAGCAAGAUUAAUUGAAUUUGCCAAUACCCAUUUCCCUGGGUUCUUAGAGUUGAAUAAAAUGAGUGUGUGGUUGGAUCCAGGUGAUAUGUUGUAUCUACCAGCAAGUUGGUUCCAUGAAGUUUCCAGCUUUGGUGUUGGUGUUGAUGAUGAUGAUGCUGGUGCUGCUGCUCGAGUUCAUAUUGCCUUAAAUUAUUGGUUUGUUCCCCCAAACAAUGAUGAUUUUAAACAUUGUUAUAAAGAUCUGUAUUGGGAACAGGAUUGGCAAGAGACAAAGAAGGCAAUUGAGGUAUUUCAACAAAGCGAUAAACAGAAGAAGAAAGAGUAG